AAGACUAGACGAAAAUGAUAACAUCUGCCACACUCUAGAUUCAACUCAAGAUCAAUAAUUCUUUUUAUAUAUAAUUAGUGGGUACGCUUUUUGUCCACACUUCUUACUACUGUUUCAAUAUUUGGCGUUUAGUGAAAGAGCUUCUCAGUUCCCAACUUCGGUCUUCCCCAAUCCCGCACUAGCACUAAAAGAGCUAAAAAAUACAAAACUCAAAAUUAAAAAGAGAUGAAAAAUAGCCUGUCAGGCUGUCACCUCUUUUUCUGCUGCCCCCUCCCCUGCCAAAUUCUUUUCUAUACUCUUCCCUCUCCAAUCACAUCACUCCCAAUUUUCUUCCAAUUAAAAUCAUCUCUCAAUCACUCAAGUCUGCACCAGCAGUUCUCCCUUUCCUUCUCCCAUGCUUCUUUGUUCCUUCUUUACCUCCAUCCAACGUCUCCUCUUCCCACAGAAAGCUUGAAACAGAACAGCCCCUUGCCUCUCAUCCCUUUCUUAUCUAUUCCAUAAAAAAUCCAGCACCCACCUCCAAUUGUCGCUCCCUCUUUUCAUCCGGUUUAAGCUGUGGAAGAGGAUGUCGGCGACGCUUUGGCGAUGGGAAAAAGUCGUGUCUGCAGCAAAAGGAGAAGCUCCGACUCCAAUGUGCACUGCAGGACUUCUAUGGGCAGGGGAGAAGAAGAGGAGGUGAACAUGGAACAAGUGAAGACAUUGGAGAAGAACUUUGAGUUGGGGAACAAGCUUGAAACGGACGGGAAAAUGCAGUUGGCUAGACCUUUUGAUCUGCAGCCUAGGCAAAUUGCUAUUUGGUUCCAGAACAGGGGAGCCGGGUUUGAAAGGAAAGGCCAUUUGGUACAUACAAGAACUGCUUUGAUCACUUACUUCUCGCUAUUUCCAUUGCAUCAUAUUUCACAGUUUGAUGAUGAUGACAAAUCGAGAACAUCAUCAAGAUUGCAGGAGGUUUCUCUGAUUCCGGUAUCUGAUAAGCUAUUGGAAAAUGACGAUCCUCAGGUUUUGGAUUCUCGCCAAAAACACAACACCAGAACGUGA